AUGAAACGUGAUGAGAAGAGUGACCCCAGCCUGCACAAGCACACUAGUCCCUCUGCCUCAUUCCUGGUGUAUGACGGUCACACCAGUCUCUCUGCCUCGUUCCUGGUGUAUGACGGUCACACCAGUCUCUCUGCCUCGUUCCUAGUGUACGACGGUCACACCAGUCUCUCUGCCUCGUUCCUGGUGUACGACGGUCACACCAGUCUCUCUGCCUCGUUCCUGGUGUAUGACGGUCGUGUGUUUCUAUUGGACCAGAGAAACACGUCUGACUCCGGGGGAUUGGCCGAGGCAGAACAUGCGUGUGCUCUCCAUGAUGCCCGACUGGCAUCGACCGAGGAGCUGCGUCACGCUGUGGUGGAGUGUUCCUUCUCUGCCUGCACACGAGGAUGGCUGGACGGGGGCAGCGUGGGGGACUACAUGUGUUCUCCCUCCUCCUCCUGUAGGUACUAUGACCAGUUGUGUGCUGUGGAGCCCAAGUUCCCCUUCUCUGAAAACCAGCUGUGUCUAACCUUCACAUGGAAAGAUGCCUUUGAUAAAGGCUCACUGUUUGGGGGCUCAGUCAAACUAGCCCUCGCCAGUCUGGGAUAUGAGAAGACGUGUGUGUUGUUCAACGGAGCAGCGUUGGCGAGUCAAAUCGCUUCAGAACAGAACCUGGACAGCGACGAAGGACUGAAGGCCGCAGCCAAAUACUACCAGUUGGCGAGUGGAGCAUUUGGUCACAUUAAGGACACCGUGCUGUCAGCUCUGAACAGAGAACCUACUAUGGACGUCUCUCCUGAGACUGUAGGAACCCUCAGUCUCAUCAUGCUGGCUCAGGCACAGGAGGUCUUCUUCCUCAAGGCUACGUCAGAUAAGAUGAAGGACGCCAUCAUCGCUAAACUGGCGAAUCAGACGGCAGAUUUCUACGGUGACGCCUUCAAGCAGUGCCAGUACAAAGAGAACCUGCCCAAGGAGGUGCUGCCGGUGCUGGCAGCUAAACACUGCAUCAUGCAGGCCAACGCUGAACUGCACCAGUCUCUCCUCGCCAAGCAGAAGAAACGCUUUGGAGAGGAGAUCGCUCGCCUACAGCACGCUACAGAGCUGGUGAAGACUGUCGCGUCUCGCUAUGAUGAGUACGUCAGUGUGAAGGACUUGAGUGAUAAGAUCAGCCGUGCUCUGACCGCCGCCAAGAAGGACAACGACUUCAUCUACCACGACCGCGUCCCUGAGGUCAAAGAUCUGGAGCACAUCGGCAAGGCAGCGCUGGUCAAGGCUACCGCCAUCACACCUCCGCUCAGCGCCAAGUUCACUGACUUGUUUGAGAAGAUGGUGCCCAUGGCUGUGCAGCUGAGUAUGAGUAUGUCCAGCCAGAGGAAGGCUGAGACCGUCAACAGACUGGUGGGAACCAUGAGAGAAGCUACCAACCUCUGCAACGGUGUCCUGGCGUCUCUGAACCUGCCUGCGGCUCUGGAGGACUUGUCUGGAGAUUCUAUCCCACAAUCCAUUGUUGAGAAGGCCCGUGCCAUCGUCCAGCAGGGGGGGCUGCAGAGCAUAGAGCAACUGAUCAGAGAUCUGCCUGAACUACUUACACGAAACAGAGAGAUACUGGAUGAGUCUCUGAAGAUGCUGGGUGAUGAGGAGUCGACAGACAGCGAGCUGAGAUCCAAGUUCAGCCAACGCUGGAACAGAACUCCCUCUGGAGACCUCUACAAACCACUCAGAGCAGAGGGGGGUAACUUCCGCAGUGUGCUGGACAAGGCAGUGCAGGCGGACCAGGUGGUCAAGGAGCGUUAUAAUACACACUGUGAGAUGAUCGCUCUGCUCUGUAAACCUGAGGCUGAACUCACUGCUGCCAUACCAUCAGCCAAUCCUGUGAAGACACUGCAGGGCAGUGAGGUGGUGAGUGUGUUGCGUUCCCAGCUGGCCCAGCUAGAGGAAGUGAAGAAGGAGAGGGAGAGGUUGGAGGCGGAUAUUAAGGGAGUGACCUUUGACAUGUCCUCCAGCUUCCUGAUGGCUCUGGCUCAGGACGGGGCCAUCAAUGAGGAGGCACUGUCAAUGAGCCAGCUGGACCAAUCAUACGGCAGCUACAGCCAGAGGGUUCAGGCCAGCCUCCGCUCUCAGGAAGAGCUGCUGGGCAAAGUGCAGACGUCCCACCAGGAGUUCUCCAAGCUGAAGCAGUCCAACUCGGAGGCUAAUGAUCGUGAGGAGGUGUUGAAGAAGCUGGCCUCAGCCCACGACAGCUACGUAGAGAUCACCAGCAACCUCCGAGAGGGCACCAAGUUCUACAACGACCUCACAGAGAUCCUGCUGAAGUUCCAGAACAAGUGCAGUGACAUCGUCUUCGCCCGCAAGACAGAACGGGACGAACUGCUCAAGGACUUGCAGCAGAGCAUCGCCAGGGAGCCCAGCGCCCCGUCCUUUAAUGUCCCCGCCUACCAGACUAACCCUGCUCCCACUGCCGCCGACCCAACCCCUGCUCCCAGGACUGUCUUACAGCCACAGCAGCCCCAGGUGAAGGCCCAGCCGCCCCAGCGGCCCCCUCCCCCUGCCUUCACCCCCCAGGCCGCCUCCGCACCCGGCAACCCUCCAGACAACCAGCCUCAACCAGGAAACCCCCCACCCAUGGCCCCUCCCUCACAGGCACAGGGCCCGCCUUACCCCACCUACCAGGGAUACCCAGGGUAUGCAUACCAGAUGCCUAUGGGUUAUAACCCGUAUGCAGCGUACGGCCAGUACAACAUGCCCCCCGUUAUGCAGCCCUACGUCCCCUAUCAGCAGCCCCCAGCACCCGGACAGGGGGGCUUCCAAGGCCCCCCCCCCACACAGCAGCACCCCUACACCUACCAACAGCAGCCCCAGCAACCACCACAUCAACCAUAUUACCCACAACAAUAACUACUGUGUAAACUCUAUCACUCCCUCUCUUCCCCCUUUUCAUCCCUUCUACCCCUCCCCUCUGCUAUCCGUCCUCCAACUGACAACAGAAACCGUGAUACUACCCUCUGCAAUAAAUUCUCGCUCUCUCCCUCUCGCUUUCCCUCCCUACUCUACCCUUACUCUAUCCCACCACCCUUGUUUAAUUAGUUUUUCAUAUAAUUUUUCUAAUUAUUGCGUUGAUUCUGUAUUUAAUUCCUAACUUCUCGUCCUGGUCUAACUGGCUUCCUGGUCUAACUUCUCGUCCUGGUCUAACUGGCUUCCUGGUCUAACUUCUCGUCCUGGUCUAACUGGCUUCCUGGUCUAACUUCUCGUCCUGGUCUAACUGGCUUCCUGGUCUAACUUCUCGUCCUGGUCUAACUGGCUUCCUGGUAUGGGCUGGGCUUCUUUUAGAACACUAAAAAAUAAAACAAAAACACAUUUUAUGGUCACAUACACCGGACAUGUGCAGUGCCGUGUUGUUUUACAGGGUCAGUCAUAGUAGUACGACACCCCUGGAGCAAAUGAGGGUUAAGUGCCUUGUUCAAGGACACAUCAACAGAUGUUUCACCGCUAGCUUUCGGUUACUGGCCCAACGCGCUGAGGAGCCUCACUGCAUUCUGGGAUGAGGGGGCGUAGUCUAUAGGCAUGAUUCCUUAUUUGGGAGCGGGUGGAUGGUCCCGUAUAAUGUCACUGAUUGAGGGACCCGAGGACCGAAGGUUGUGUUCAGGGAGUGCAAAUGUACGACUUGAACAAAUGUUCCUUGUCUGUUUAUCAAACCGUUUUGCUACUGAAUACGACCCAGCUCUGAUCACCCAGCUAAUUGCCUGGCGCUUCUAUUACAACUGUAUCCUAUUUUUGUAAUGAAUAAUACUAAUGUACUGAUCCAAUGAAAACGGCCUGUAGGUUUUGUCAUUGAGUUGAGGACCGUUGGAGAUGCAUUCUCUCCUACAGAGUACGGCUGGAGAUGUUUUUCUGGGUUAAAGAUAAUUAGAUACAGAGCCUUCAGAAACUAUUCACACCCCUUGACUUUUUCCUAAUUUUGUUGUUACAGCCUGAAUAUAAAAUGGAUUAUAUUUAGAUUGUUUUUGUCACUGGCCCCCCUCGAAGUGGAAUCAUGUCUUUUUUUUCAUGCAUUAAAAUGCAAAUUAAUAAAAAAUGAAAAGUUGAAAUGUAUUGAGUCAGUAUGUAUUCAAACCUGUUAUGUCAAGCUGAAAUAAGUUGCAUGGAAUCACUCUGUGUGCAGUAAAUGUUUUAACAUGAUUGUUGAAUGACUCCCUCAUCUCUGUACCCCAAACAGGUAAAAGUCCCUCAGUCGAGCAGUGAAUUUCAAACACAGAUUCAACCACAAAGACUAAGGAAGUUUUGCAAAGAAAGGCACUUAUUGGUAGAGGGGGGGGAAUAAAAAAAGCAGACAUUGAGCAUGGUGAAGUUAUUAAUUACACUUUGGAUGGUGUAUGAAUGAACCCAGUCACUACAAAGAUACAGGUGUCCUU